AUUUGAAAUGAUCAGUCACUUUCACAGCAAUGUAGAUGAGAGCCACAAAUUCUAUAAUCCAGAAGUCAAAAGCUCAACUGAAAUGAUAUUGAAGACGUUUUUUUUACUGCUGGCCCCUGUCCUGGCUUUAGAAACAUGCAUCAAAGGUGCUUCAAAUGUUAUAAAGCAACAUCCUAAACGCAUAUUUGUUAAUUCUGGUGAAACUGCCAUCAUUAACUGCACCGUGACAAAGCAGAUGCAAAUUAUAGGCAUUUAUCUAAGAAAACGUUUCACAAGAAUAAUGUACAUCAACGAUUCUAAUAAAUGUAUACUAGAAAACAAUUAUGAGGAUCGCUUGACAUGUUCUGGGUCGGUUACAAACUUCAGUGUAACCUUAAGGAAUCUGACAGAAGAUGACACUGAUUUUUAUCUGUGUGAUGGAGCAGGAAACACCGAGGAUAUCUAUGGAGAAGGAACUUUGCUUAUUGUGCAUGCGGCAUUAGAAAAUUAUGUUAAAAAAGAAGAAAAUUAUACAGACACUGUCACUGGGAAUUCACUUCAAUUUGUUCAUGUGCCAUAUAUCAUCACAAUUUUAAUUCUGUUUAUUCUCUUGGCUGUUUCUUUGGUGUUUAUCAAAUUCAAGAUAUCUAAGAAAAAACAAAGCUUCAAUCAAAACACGUAUGUGGAUAUGACACAAACCCUCCGUCGAAACACAAUGGGAAAUUCAAUCAUGUACACGAAAUAUCCAAAUAAAGCUAUUGCUUGUUAAUGUGAAA